AUGAUCCAAAGAACAGCACCAUCCGUAGCGACGAACAAGUGGAAAGUAGAACUCACCCUUUCUAACGUCUAUGGAUCGACCUUGUAUGAGUUCUUCGAGGAAAAUAGUAAAGAUGGAGUCGCUUCGAUGCUCGACCAUAUCGAGAUUGAAAAACUCACCUUCAUCUACACGUACGAGGGCGCUAACACGUCUAAAUUUGAGACCGAUGGAACGAUCAAACUAGGUGCUUUGCCACUCGAUCUUAAAUUCACCCAUACCGCUGACGAGUGGACAUUUGAGGCUGACCUUGCUUUUGGAGAAAGUGAUCCGCCGAAGACAACUAUCGGCAAAAUUGCUGGGCAUAUCUUCGGCCCUGAUAUUGACAAUGAGCUCCCAUUCUUCGUCGCGGAUAUUUCUAUCCAGCCUCCAAAGAAGAAGAAUUCAGUCGGAAUAAAGAUGCACGCUCUCAAAGAGCAAAAGCCGGAACCAGAAUCAAACGACAAACCAGCCGCUGAACCACCCAAAUCUGAUACGAAGAAAGACAUCUUUUUCAGCGCAUGGGUAGAAUUUGCAGGUUUCUCGUUCCAGGCCUUUCAAUACAAAGCUGCACCGACUGUGGCCAUUCCAAAACCCGUCACCCAACGAGCCUUCCGGAUUACUGUCGCUGCGAUCCCGAAAGUCACAAUCGACCUUAUAGGCGAAUUACCCCAGCCGUUUGACGAAAUGGUAUUUCUUUACGUGCAAAAGCAAAAUGGGGAUAAAGAACCAAGCGGUUUGACUUACGAUGAUGUGGAGAAAAUGAACACUCAAUUGGACAAGGAUCAACAGUUGAAGUAUAAAGUAACUAAGAAAGAUUACCAACCAACUGAUGUUGUAAUACCUGCUGGAUUUCAUUUCAUGUUACUUCGAAAUGAUCCGCAGAAGGGUAGAAUAGUUGCUCUAGACUAUUUGUUUGGCAAGGGCAAAUCGAAACCCAAGCCAAAGCCUAAGUUCUAUCUCAGUGACGCGUCACCCACUGGACCUGCAGCUGAGACAGAAGAGACGGAACCCGAUCCAGGAUCAGCAAAGGCGCCAUAUGAAAAGAAAGUUGGGCCGAUAACGAUCAGCAAUAUGGGUCUCCAAUACAGCCUAGGGGAUAAACCGUCCCUGUCAGUUCUUAUGGAUGCGUCUAUUGUUCUAGGGCCUAUCGGUGUCGGUCUUCUAGGAUUCAAGAUUACAUUAAUCUUUCAAAAGAAUGGGAGUGAACCAUCCAAAUCAAGUACCAUCUUUCACAAUUUGCCCAAACCCGACUUUGCCAUUGAGGGUUUGGCUGCCUCAUUCGAUCGGCCUCCUGUCAUCCUGUCUGGCAUCGAGCAAGAUACCUAUCAAGGAGCGGCUACACUCAGCUUCAACCCGUAUCUCUUUCAGGCAGCCGGGUUUUACGAUCCUUUCACUUCGGCCUUUGUUUAUUUCGUCUUGAAUGGUCCGUUGGCCACCUUGGGGUUCGCUGAGAUACGUGGUGUUGUCGGCGGUUUUGGGUAUAACAACAGUCUUCAAUUCCCUACUGUGACCAAUUCAGCGAAACCAGAUGAGGCUUUGAAAUCUCUUAUGGAUGGCACGUGGUUCUUUCCCAAGAAACAAUCCUUCUGGCUAGCAGCAGGACUCACUGUAUUGGCGUUUGAACUUCUAGACGUGCAAGCCGUGGUUAUUAAGAUCGGUAUCUUUGGUGUUGAAAAGAAGUUCGCCCAUGUUCAGCUAGGGCUGACAGCUGUUGAUGGCCAACUUACGCCUGCAUCAUAUGUUCUGGACCCAAGUUGCCAUCUCACUGGUGGAUUCGCCACUUCGGCAGGCGACUUUACACCCCCACAAUAUCCAAACCCUCCUCGUUUGGCGAUCAGUUGGAGCUAUGAUACUUACUUUGCAAUCACACCUAAGGUUUGCAUGGGAGGAGGGCGAUUGGAUGCAUCACUUACCCUGGGUGCUCUCUACGCCUACUUCGAUGCUUACGCUGAUUUCCUCAUUAAAUACAAACCAUUUUUCUUCAUGGCAGAUGGCGGGGUAAGUGUUGGAGUCCGCUUUACUCUCGACUUGUGGAUCUGUACAGUACAUAUCAACAUUGAGCUCUCCGCUACGCUCUAUAUUCAGGGACCUCCGAUCUCCGGUCGAGUCCAUGUGAACUUUUGGACAGACCAUAAUAACGACCCUCUCACCGAUCUUCCCAAAGAAAGCGCUGAAAAGCCCCCACCAUUCAUCUUUUCUUGCAACCGUGGUCUCAUCCCGACGAGUGAGACUGAUGCAAAGACCAACCCAAACGACUCUGAAUGGAAUGUCCGUGGAGCUAACUUCCAAUUCACGAUUGGCUGCAAAUUUGCAGUUGGACAGGCCACUGUAGUGACUGGUCAAGUUGACCCAAAUGAAAAAGGCCCAGAGCACCAAUUUCCAAAGGAAUCGAAAGACCUCCGCAAUAUCUACGCCAAACCGAUGCACCUGAAAGGCACAAAUACACUGACUAGUAACUUAACAGUCACUAUUAGACCAACAGGAAACUCCAAUGCAUUGACUGCCUCCGAUGAAGACGCAGGAGUACCGGAAUGGGCAAAAGCCGAGUUGAUGUACAAAUCAGUACCUGUGGCAUUGUGGGGGGAAUAUGAUGAGACUGCUGAUCCCAACAGUUCCAGCGUAAAUGACCCUAACCAGAUCGACUCCCUCCUCGAUAACAAAGACCAUUCCGUCAAUCAAAUUAUGGGAAUCUGCAUUUCCUCUCCCUUACCUGAAUUAAGCAACAAAGACCUGAUCAAGCCAUUCGAAUACAAGAAAUUCUUCAUCAGCACAGCCGGAAAACAGUCAUAUCCAUUUCCCCGGGUUCAAACUAUAGAAAAGCUCUGGGAUCCAGAGCCCGAGGACACUACGACGGAGGCUUGGGAAACCCUGAGAAAUCAAUGGAAUGGUCAGCCCAAAUUUGGAAUAGGCGCAGCAGAAAAGUUUGUGGACUUGUGGUGGGACACGAAACCAAAGGAAAAAGAUGAGUUGAAGGACGCGCCAAUCACUGGAAAGGCGCCCACGAAUUUGGUGGGCGAUCAGGCUAAGUCUGAGUUUGCGAAGCUCUUUCUUGAAGUGCCUCGCAUGGGCACCGUGGCUGCUUGA